GAGCGAGAGUGAGACAGGGAGUGGGGGGGCAUUCCAACUCCGGCUUGACAUUCGACUCCUCAGCCUACAGACUGCAUUGGCGAAAGUGUUUGCAGGCAGGACUCUGUUCUUAUUCUCUGUGGGGCAGGGGUAAAAUCACAGGAAAGCACUACAGAAAAAGAGCUCUUCUUCCCGUCUCGUAUCUGGAGUUCACACAGGAUACUUGGGCCUGCCUGGGAGUGGCCCCUCAUUCUGCCGCUGGAAUGUGCCUUUAGACGAGUGGGGAAACUGGCUUUGCUGCUGUUGGUUUUCCUCUCUUCCUCAGCUGUCCCUCUCGCUCUCACUCUCCUUGGGCUCCCUAUUCAGCUUCCUGCCAGGCACUCUUGUGUUCAGUAUACAUUUUUGGAUUACUCCUGGAGUCCUUCGUUUGGGUUCUCAACUUCUCAUUGUGCUUUUCCUGGGCUGUGUUUUUGAAGGAGUAUUUUAUUUCCUCAUAAACCACACAUCUACUUUGUAGCAGUCAAUGAACAAACAUUUGAAUAGCUCACAGGGUUUUGCAUGAGUGUUUGUAAGUGGCCAGGAAUCACCCUGAAGUAUUUUUAUCUGAGCCAGCACUGUGUGAGCAUAUUGGAUAUUAGAUUGGCUGGUGGCCCUCUGUUAUGGGCUGUCUUGUUUCUAUGGAAAGAGCGCAAUGAAGAGUCGCUGCAAUCCCCAUGUCUCCCACCACUAGGCUACAGCCUGUCUACUCAUGGAAGGGGGUGUUCAAGCUCUUCACAUGCGUAGCUGCCCGAACGGCCAGCAAGCCUAAAGAGGUCCACACAUUUCAAGAGAAGAAAAUAGCCUUACUGGGGAAUCAUAUGGACGAAGAAAUGAGUCGCCAGACUGCCACCGCGCUGCCCACAGGAACCUCAAAGUGCCCCCCCUCUCAGCGUGUGAACACCACUGCCUCAAACAGUGACCUAGCCAGCCUGUUCGAGUGCCCGGUGUGUUUUGACUAUGUGCUGCCUCCAAUCCUGCAAUGCCAGAGCGGCCAUCUGGUGUGCAGCAACUGCCGGCCCAAGCUGACGUGCUGUCCGACGUGCCGUGGCCCGUUGGGCUCCAUCCGUAACCUAGCCAUGGAAAAGGUGGCCAACUCCGUGCUAUUUCCGUGCAAGUACGCCUCGUCGGGCUGCGAAGUGACAUUGCCACACACGGACAAGGCCGAGCACGAGGAGCUGUGUGAAUUCCGGCCGUACUCCUGCCCAUGUCCGGGUGCUUCGUGCAAGUGGCAGGGCUCACUGGAUGCCGUUAUGCCGCACCUCCUGCAUCAGCACAAGUCCAUCACUACACUGCAGGGCGAGGACAUCGUCUUCCUGGCCACGGACAUCAAUCUGCCUGGUGCCGUCGACUGGGUCAUGAUGCAGUCUUGCUUCGGUUUCCACUUCAUGCUGGUCCUGGAGAAGCAGGAGAAGUAUGAUGGGCACCAGCAGUUCUUUGCCAUCGUGCAAUUGAUUGGCACACGCAAGCAGGCAGAGAACUUUGCCUACCGGCUGGAGUUGAAUGGCCACCGGCGGCGCCUUACUUGGGAAGCCACACCACGAUCCAUCCAUGAGGGCAUUGCCACAGCCAUCAUGAACAGUGACUGUCUAGUGUUCGACACCUCCAUCGCCCAGCUGUUUGCUGAAAAUGGCAACCUGGGCAUUAAUGUCACCAUAUCCAUGUGCUGAGGACUGUCAGAUACAUUCUUGCACACGCACCCACAUAGGCAAACACUAACGCAUUUCACAACCACCACGAGACACCCAUAGGUGUACAUUGGGUUGGGGACUCUAACCUAGGGAGCUUCUCGCUGUUGUACGUUCCAAGUACUCAACAGAACUGACCUUUACCAAUGCUUGGCACGUCCAGCAACUGGACAUUUUCCCAGGUUCUUAAUUUUAUGCUACAAUAUUCUAAUAAGUUAAAUAUCUAAUGUAUUCUACAUUUUUGAGAGCAAUUGCCCACAAAGAUGAGCCUUGUGAAGUGGACUUUCUCACGCAUAGCUUGUUUGUGAAGAGGGGUAAAGAAAUGGCACAGUAGAAUUGAGGGUUGGGGUGAACUCAAAAAGAUAAACUAGAAUUGUCCAGAAACAUUAUUUCCUUUUCUUUCCCCCAGACUGACAUCAUUAGUUCAAAUGAAACACUAACUUUUUUUAAGUUGAAUUUAUGCAGUUUUAUGUUUUAAUCCAACUUUACCCGGUCUUGUCUGAUAUCCUUUCCCCUCCGAAAGAUGCUGCAGAUAUUUGCAUGACCACUGACUAAAGCUUGGUGUGUUCAGAUUUUUUUUCUGAAAAUUGUAGUUUCUGCCUGAACCGUUGUAGAGUUUCUCCAGAGGCUUUGCUCAAUCGGAGGGAGAUGUGAUGAGAAGGUUCUGUAUGAACUUGAUGUGACCACAUCAGGUUUUGACGUCCUCAAAGCCAUUCUUCCCUUUCAGAUGUUUAGCUUCUCCCUACAGUAGCCUACUUUUUCUGACCAGGUGCUAUUAACAGCAGUCUUGCACCUGCGAAUGUGAAGUGAUUUGAACGGAUCGUGCUUUAGUUUGCCAGGUAAACACGUUUGUCUCGGUCAUGUGGAAAUGGUGAUCGCUUCAUGCAGAGGGGUGAGGCUCUCAUCAGACUAGAAGUGAGCUCAAUUUCUACCGUUAUUAUUGAGAUUAUUGUUAUCAUUUUGUAAUAACUUUAGACAAAGGAAUGAAAAGGCUGUUGUUAACAUUGUGGCUAAUCGUCAGUGUUUGUAUAUAGUGUUGUUCUUCAGAAGACCUCUUUUUUUUGUUUGUUUUUUGUAAGUACAGAUUUUUGUUUUGUAUGUGUGUCUGUUUUUGUGAGGAGUAGGUGAAGAAAAACGCCAAAACAUCUCUGUGGAUACAUUGUACUGUUCCUGGUCCUGGUCUGUUUUUAUUUUUGUUUUAAUGUUUGUUUUGUUUUUGUUUGUUUUGGUCUAUUUUGCCAUUAAAUAAAUCUAUCUUUUUCAUA